GGGUGCGGGUAGAAAUUCCAACCCAACCAACGCUACACUGGAGGCAGAAGGCCAAGUUCUAAUCUCAUUCUCUACGUUACUUUAUUCCAAUUUAGGCAUAUUUGUGUUCACAUAUCCUAUCCUGCUGCUCGCCCAAAAUUCCAUACCCACCCCCCUCCCCACCUUCCUUUCUGCCAUUACUUUACACCUCCUCUACGCCCGCCCUCCGCCGCCUCACCCACCGGCGCUUCCGGCCCUUCUCCCAUAACAACUACCUCUGCCGCUGCUUUGAACUUUUCUGCAGUAACUCUCUAUGUAUUGCAGGAGAAUUAGGUUCCUAGGGUUUGUGUUCAGCUCUUUGUUAAUCCUCGCCGCCGGUUACUUUGAUUGGAGCUAGGUAGAAUCGAUGCUUGUGAUUGUGGGGAUUUUGCUGAUUUUCGGCCUUGUGAUCCGGUGCAAAUGGAUGAAUCUGGAUUCGAAGAAGGAGGAGGUUCUGAGACUUGUAGGUGUGGGCUCGGGACAAGAGGAGGAGGGAGUUGGUAAGGUUCAAGCUGUUGAAGAGUAUAACUCACCUGCGCAGAUGAUGCCUCAGCUCGAGAAACAGUAUAAUUGUGCUGUUUGUUAUCGGCCCACCUCUACUCGGUGUUCACGAUGUAAAGCUGUCAGAUACUGUUCUGGAAACUGCCAAAUUAUGCAUUGGAGGCAAGGUCAUAAGGAUGACUGUAAGCCAGCAAUGCGAUUGCAUGCUAGAAACGGAAGUGAAUAUGAAACAGCUGCAGAAAAUCAGUUUGAAAUACCUUUGAAAGAUGCAGCUAAAAAAAUUUCUGUUCCAAGUCAAGAUCUUGAUGAUUCUGCAUCUUCAAGCAGCUCUUCCUCUUGCUUAUUUUCUUCUACAGAGCAAAGCGAGACAUCUUUGGACACUUCUAUUGGUUCUGUUGGUGAGUCUGGAACUCCUAUCAGGCGACAUAAAACAUCCUCUUCUGCUCUUGAUUCUCAAAGAACAGAUGCCAGAUUUGAUUCUCACAAUACAGAUGUAUCACAUCCAUUCCCUCGUGUUUAUUCUGUAAACCAGUCAAAUGUUGGUAGGAAGAGUGAAGACACAUUUUCUAGCAACAGUGGUGAAGCAUUCAACUCAAUCCAUGUUAAAGAUAAAGGAGAAGGAUUUGGGGCUGGUGUUUAUGAUGAGUUUCGCCUUGGUGCAAUUGAUUCAAGGAGUUCACGACCUUCUAUGUCUCUAAGGACACCUUCAGCUGAGGAUGCAAAAAUUCCGGAUGAAGCUGGUACUGAGAUGGAAGUUGGCCGAGUGUUGACACAAUCUACUGGAAAAGGUCUGAAAACUUCAGUUAAAAAAUUUAUGCAACAUUUCAGAGCACCAAAGCAGUCGAAGACCCAAUCAAUUGAAAUUCUAAAGGAUUCUGGUGGAAAUUAUAACCAUAAGGUCACAUUUCCUCUCAAGCUUUUCUUGCAAUUGUAUUCUUGUGAUGACGUGGAACUUCAUCCAUUUGGUCUUGUCAAUUGUGGAAAUAGCUGCUAUGCGAAUGCUGUGCUGCAGAGUCUCAUUUUUACUCGGCCCAUUGCUUCUUAUCUGCUAAAAGGGUUGCAUUCAAAAACAUGUUGGAAGAGAGGUUGGUGUUUUGUCUGCAAGUUUGAGCAUCUUGUGCAGAAAGGACAAGAAACAAGCUCACCUUUAUCUCCAGUUGGAUUAUUAUCUCAAAUACAGCCAAUUGGAAGAGAAGAAGAUGCACAUGAAUUUCUGAGGAAUGUGGUCGACAAAAUGCAAUCUAUAUGCCUUGACAAGGCUGGUGCAUCUGGUUCGGUGGCUGAAGAUUCAACCCUCAUGGGUCUUACUUUUGGUGGUUAUCUUCGAUCCAAAAUCAAGUGCAUGAAGUGCUUUGGGAGGUCCGAGCAAUGUGAUAGAAUGAUGGAUCUUAAUGUGGAGAUUGAUGGAAGUAUAUAUACGCUUGAAGAGGCACUUUCACAGUUCACAUCUUCUGAAACACUUGGUGGAGAUGACAAGUACAAGUGCAGCAGAUGCAAGUCUUAUGAGAAAGCUACAAAGAGAUUGUCUGUCCUUGAGGCUCCAAACAUUCUUACAAUUGUUCUGAAAAGAUUUCAGACUGGCAAUUUGGGAAAGCUUAAUAAGUUAGUGCGGUUCCCUGAGGUUCUGAACCUUUCUCCAUAUAUGAGUGGGAUUGGUGACAAGCAGCCCACAUAUCAGCUAUAUGCUGUGGUAGUUCACUUGGGUUCAAUGAAUACUGCCGACAGUGGUCACUAUGUCAGUUACAUCAAAGAUUUCCGGGGAAAUUGGUUUAGAGUUGAUGACAGCAAGGUAAGCCAUGUCGACCUGGAGACUGUCUUGUCAGUAGAAGCAUAUAUUCUCUUCUAUUCAAGGCUUACGCCACGAGUUGGGCCGUACAUCAGAAACAACAAUAAAAGUUAUGAUGGGAAAACUAAGGCAAGUUUGGAAGCCAUAAGUUCCGGUCAUACAGAUAAGAAGAUAUAUUCAAAGACAAAAUUGAGUUCUUCUUGUCGGGAUACUGGGCUGACGACGCAUAAGGGUACUGAUAGAAACAGCCGGUAUUGGUUAACUCCUAACGAUUUCACUGAUCAUCACCCCACAGUGGAUCCCGAGGGUUGGGGAGUUCACUCGAGACAUAGAAGUUCUAUGAUGGAUUAUUUAAGUGACAGUUCUUCCAUUUUCAGCACAUCUGAUGCCGGCUCUUACAGCACCGACAGCACCAAGGAUUCUAGUGCCGAAGACAUCUCUGGUUAUAUAUUUGGGUCGAGCUGGCUGCCUCCAUAAUGGCCAUUCCUUAAUCUUUCUUCAUCCAAAUCCUUGCAACCUGCAGGCUUUCAUCAUCUCGAUGAAUUGGAUUCUUGAUUUAACUCGAGGGCCCUCAAUUGUUCUUGGGCACUGUAAGAGAAGGUUCACACAACCUUAUGAACCAUCAGGUCAGUGCAUCAAUGAGGUACGCUCCCAUGUAUAAUACUAAGAGCAGUAAUAGAGCAUGUAUUUAGCUCCUCUAACAGCUGUAAUGAGUAGAUAAGCUAGCAGAAUUCCGGGACUCCCAUGUGCCCGUCGGGUAGGGAUGUCGUAGAAUUUUACUAACUAACUCCAAGUAUCUUUAAUGAUUCUGUUCGUCUUUCUCUUUCUCUCCCUCUCUAAAGAGGAUUUAGCUUGAGAGAGGAACACAAACAUAUUUUUGGGGUUCAGAGUAGUGAAUAAGCCACAGGAUGUAAAUCCUUGGAGGCAGUUUGUAGUUCAAAACAAGGUUGUAAUUUUGUAAUAAGCUGUUUUGAGUUCUA